CGGACCCAAUCUGUGCGGAAUUAUCGGGUUUUGAGGAUUGGAAAGUGAACUAACUGAUCGACGAUGGGCAGCAUUUCGAUGCAGGACAUCGAGGCGGUGGACGACUACUGGGGCCCAACGUUUCGCACCAUCCUCGAGGGAAAUUCGCACGACCAAGUGUCGGAGCAACUGGACGCCCGGAUCCGAUCGCACGAUAAGGACAUCGAGCGGAUCUGCAACCUGUACUAUCAGGGGUUCAUCGAUUCGAUCCGCGAGCUGCUGCUGGUGAAGUCACAGGCCCAGGGUCUGAACCAGGAAGUGUUGACGCUGAACGAUUCCCUCGGCAAAGCAUCGGCCGGAGUGAUCGCGAAGGGCAACGAGCUGGUGAAGGCACGCAAGGUAGAGGGCAACAUUGCGGGCGCAAUCGAGGGACUGUCGAGCUGCCUGCCGGUGCUGGAAUGUUACAGCAAGCUGUUGCGGCAAGUGCGUGAAAAGCGCUACUAUCCGGCCCUGAAAACGCUGGAGGUGCUCGAAAACGAGUACCUCCCGAAGGUGGCCGGAUACCGGUUUUCGCAGCAGAUGCGCGACACGAUUCCGCGGCUCAAGGAAAACAUCAAGAAAUCGUCCGAGGAGGAUUUUCGCGAGUUUCUCGAGAAUAUACGCAAGUUUUCGCCGAAAAUCGGGGAGAUUGCGAUGAAGCACACGAAGGAGUUGCAGAAGCGCGAUCUGGACACGAUCAUCGCCGAGUACCGGCAGCUAGCGGAACGGGGUGGUCCCGCCGGCAGUGUGUUCGGCGAUGACGAUGAGGAUGUGAACGCGCAGGAUCUGAUCGAUUUUUCACCCAUCUACCGGUGUCUUCACAUCUACACCGUGCUGAACGAUAAGGAGUACUUCGAGAAGGACUACCGAAAGCAGCGGCGCGAUCAGGCCAAGCUGGUCCUGCAGGCACCACAAACGAUGCACGACAAUCUGGAGGCGUACAAGACGUACAUCUACUCGAUCGUGGGCUUCUUUGUGGUCGAGGAUCACGUGAUGAACACCGGAGGGGACGUUGUGACACAGACGUACCUCGACGAUCUGUGGUCGUCGUCGUUGUCGCGCGCCGUCAACGUGCUUAGCAUGUCCUCGUCGUCCUGUACCGACCCAAACGUGUUGCUGCGUAUUAAGAACUUGAUCAUGCUGAGCAUAACGACAUUGAAAAACUACGGUUACACCGUGUCCCAGCUGUGGGAUCUACUGCUCGAGAUGCGCGAUCACUACAACGAGGUACUGUUGCAGCGUUGGGUGAAUGAGUUCCGAGACAUUCUCGAUCGGAGCGACUUUCUGCCGCUGGAGGCCCACAACCAGGACGAGUACGAUGCGGUCCUGGAACGCUUCCCGUUCCACUCCGAGCAGCUGGAGACGCAACCGUUUCCGAAAAAGUUCCCGUUUUCGCGCAUGGUCCCCGAGGUGUACCACCAGGCGAUGGAGUUUAUGUACGCGUGCAUGAAGUUCUCCGAGGAGCUGACCCUGUCGCCGAACGAAAUCGCCGCCAUGGUGCGGAAGGCGGCCAAUUUGCUGCUGACCCGCAGCUUCAGUGGCUGCCUGUCGGCGGUAUUCCGUAGCCCGAGUUUGGCCCUGAUGCAGGUCAUUCAGAUCAUCAUCGACACGCAGUACCUCGAGAAGGCGGGCCCGUUCCUCGACUCGUUCGUUUGCAAGAUGACGGGCACGGUGCAGAGCGUGACGCAGACGCCGUCCGCCAUGUUCCACGUGGCCCGCUCCGAGGCGGAACAGCAGGUGUCAACGAAGCUGUGCUGCAAACUGGACGAAUUCUUCGAGGAGCUCGAGGGCUACGACUGGAUGCUGCCGGAAUCGUACGGCCACGCGUCCCCAUUCGUGACCGAUAUGGUCGCGUUCUUGCAGAGCACCUUCCAGAGCUUCUCGUACAUUCUGCCCGGUGUGGCCCAGGGCGCCUGUCGGAAGGCGUGCGAACACAUCGCCACGACGGUUUCGAAGCUCAUUCUGUCGGACGACAUCCGGCAGAUUUCGGGUGGCGCCCUCGACCAGAUCAACCUCGAUCUGAUGCAGUUCGAGCUUUUUGCCUCGUCGGAUCCGGUGCCGGGUCUGCGUGAAGGCGAUCUGUCAAAGUACUUUGCCGAAAUACGCCAGCUACUGGACCUGCUGAUCUCGGAGGACUGGAGUGCCUAUCUGCACGACUUCGGGAAGGACGAAAAUCGGUACUCGCUCGUGCACCCAUCCACGAUCAUCGUGGUGCUGGAGAAGCUCCGGGAAGCGGACAAGAAGUCGAUGCUGUCGCUGAUGAAGUCGAAAUCGGAACGCGACAAGAAAAAGCUGCUCGAAACGGUGCUACGCCAGUUGAAGCAGUUGGCCGAGCGACAGAACUAGGCCACCCCCUCAAACAUCCGUUUAGAUUAGAACUCGUACAUGUAUUACAGCGA